AUGACAGCAUCGUCUCCUCUGGCGGCUCUGCACCGCCCAAUGCCUGCUCCAGCGUGGGGAGGAAGAGACAUCUUCCGCUCCCAUUACGCCGGCAACUCUGCUUCGGGAUCUCUCAGUCUUCGGGAGCAGCUGCACAAGGGCACGGGGGAAUAUCUCGACGUCAAAGUCCGGGGGUCAUCUCCUGCUGGGAGCUUGGCUGCUGAUAUUUCCCAGAACUUCCGGCUUGAUAAUGAGGCGAGUCCCAAAUUCCCAACGCCUCGGCGAGCACUUUUCACGGCAAAUGUCAUGGGCGGCGUCAGCAGCAGAGACUUUGUGACAACUCCUCCAUUACCGCCCUCUUCGCCUAGUCAGCGCACUGAGAUCUUGGAAUCGUCUCCUCUCCCACACAAGGUGACCUUCAGCGAGGUAGUGGAGAUAGCAUCACCCACGCCAAUCUCAUGCCUUGCCAAGGAAGCACUCAUGCUGGAUUCUCCGGCCCCCAUUACUCGCCGGGCAUCUCUGGACACAGUGAGUGUGGUUAGCCGUAGGAUAGCAGCCCCGAGGCGGACUCUUUCUGGCCGGAUGAAGACCAUUGCCGGCACUGGUGUCACUGGCUCCCCAUCAUUGCAAUUCGGAGCUAAUACCUCAACCCUUUCGCUCGACGAGUGUUUCGAGUCCGAUUCCCCCCCACAGGACCGCACCACGCCGUCGUCCAACAGCCCCUGCCCACCCAUCCCUAUAGGCCUUCGUUCAAGAUCCCAAUUCGCAAGUAUUGGAGGAAGCAAUCGCCUUGGCUCGCCAGGCAACUUUCAUUCUAGACGACAAUCGAAUCCUUUCCUGAGAACCCGAAAGCAAUUUCGUCGCUCUUUGAGCAUGUUUGAGAGCCCUGCGGAUGUCAUGAAACCGAAAACCGAGAAAGGGCUCGCUGAUGCCCCAAUCCUCAAGUCCUCCGUGGCUGACAUUGAAGAGGCCCACGAGCCCACCCUCCCUCACUUCCUUCCCGAUGAUCCUACAGAUACGAUCCCUCGGAUCACAAGAGAGACGAUGCUCGCCAUCUUGGAUGGCAAGUAUAGUGACAAAUUUGCUCAGCGAAUGGUCAUUGACUGCCGAUUUGAGUAUGAAUAUGAAGGCGGCCACAUCGAUAGUGCUGUCAACCAUAACGACAAAGAAUUGUUGGCCGAUCAGCUCUUUCAAACCCCGAUGGAUGGCCUGACUUUACUAAUCUUCCACUGUGAAUACUCGGCCCACAGAGCCCCUCUCAUGGCGCGUCACAUUCGCUCUCAUGACCGCACCAUUAACGCUGAGCACUACCCCCGGUUAACAUACCCGGAGAUUUAUAUCCUGGAUGGUGGUUACAGCGGCUUCUUUGCCGAGCACCGAGCAAGAUGCUUCCCUCCUGAAUAUGUCGAGAUGUCGGAUGAGAAGCAUCAGCGCACCUGUGAGAGAGAAAUGGGCCGUUUGAAAGCUCGGAAGCCCUUUGGCCGUGCGCAGACCUUUGCAUUUGGCCAGCGGAACACAAGUCUUCACGACUCUCCCACUGGCCCUCCUCGCCCUCACUCACGCAAUGUCAAUGAAUCUCCUGCCGCUCUUUCUACCACCGACUCGCCCACAGUCGGCGAUCGAACGCAGACUCGCCGCAUGGCUUCAUACUAGCCCUAUACCAUGCAAUGUUCAUUUGGGUCAGCUUUAUGAUUUGUGCGCAACUUUAGCUUGCCGCCUAAGUUGCCUCACGCCUCCCAACAGCUGGUUAAUUAUUCCGCUGGGAAUUUAAUGCUUUCAUGAUGAAAAGUUAACGUUUGCUUCUGGCGAUGCAUUACACUUGAAUGCUGAAAUUAACGAGGAGUCCAUGAAUGGAAUCAUACCUUGAGCUUUCCUGAAGCCUCGGGUUGUAUUGCUUAUAUCUUUACUCUUGUUUAACUGCUCAUGGACCGCAGUCUCUUUUUAUUUUACCACUCUUUCCCCCCGAUUCUAAAGAUAAUGUUUUGUCAGAUAAUCAUUAUACUGGCAAACAAGAUCUCGGAAACCUUGCAUGGGGAUUUCAGAACAUCUCAGUCGUUGCGUGGAGCUUGCUCGUAUACCUGACUUGCAAGAUUGCCAUCCUCAACCUCACGAUCUUUGCUGAUGGAGGACUUGCAUCGAGCGCCGAGCAUACUGUGGCAGGAUACUUGCUCGUGCUAUUUUCCUGUCUUUUCUUCUCCUAUGUUAGAGAUCAAUACCCUCCGCGCGCAUACUAUUUUCGCGUUUAUACCCUCAAGGAUGAAUGCUCUGUUUUCUUCGCCUUUUCCUGUUCAUACUUUCACUACAAGAGGGUGUGCAAUCCCUCUGCUCAUUGUAAUGAGCCAUAGAGCGCGGCGGCGCGGAAGGCGUUUGUGUUUUUAUGUUGUAAAACUAGCUAGACGGUGAGAGAUGUUGUCUCGGAAGUUUUGGCUGUACAUUAUGCUAUGAAGGAACAUGGAUGCCUCAGCUAGCUUAUAUAGGCAUUAAAUAAUGGCGUCGUGUUCUCU